GAGAUAAGGUAAACAACGAGGGAGGAUCAUUCCUCUUAAGACAGAGAAUACAGUCUUUACUGAACUCUUUUCAAUCAAUGCACCUCUUCAACUACAAGGAACUCAUGUCCAGUAUGUCAUUUGUGUUAAAAUUCACGCUGCUCUGUACGUUGAUGGGUGGAAUGAUAUGCGGCUGUUCACUGAAGAAUUAUACCUUAUGGAUUGAGGACCACAACUGUUCCCAGUGUAUGGCCAUCAACACAACCAUCUGCAGCGGAUAUUGUUACACACAGGACACCAAUUUCAGAGGACGGAUUGGUAGGACUUUCCUGAUCCAGCGUAGUUGUCUGCCUCGCUCUGUGGUGUACCGACCUGCCCACAUGCCAAGCUGCCCGCACAAUGUUGACCCACACCUGUAUUAUCCUGCCGCCCAGAGCUGCAGUUGUAGGCGCUGUGACACACGCACACACCGCUGCAUCCGCACCAGGCGAUACUCUGAAGACCAAUGCACGCGUCUCCCAGGGACUCUCAGCCUCCUCUUCCGCUGUGGCCGCGGCAUUUGUGCUGACCACCUUUUGCACCCACAACAACCAAGAACCAUGGCCCAGCAACAGCAGAUUAGCCUUCCAGCGAAACUGAUCAAUGGAGGGAUUGCAGGAAUGGUAGGAGUCACCUGUGUGUUUCCCAUUGAUCUGGCCAAGACACGCCUGCAGAACCAACGCAGCGGCCAACAAAUCUAUAAGAACAUGAUGGACUGCCUUAUAAAGACAGUGAAAUCUGAAGGCUACUUUGGCAUGUACAGAGGUGCUGCAGUAAAUCUAACCUUGGUAACCCCUGAGAAGGCCAUUAAACUUGCAGCCAACGACUUUUUUCGCCACCAAUUGAGCAAAGACGGUGGUAAACUGACCGUGUUCAAGGAGAUGCUGGCAGGAUGCUGUGCUGGAAUGUGCCAGGUAAUUGUAACCACCCCGAUGGAGAUGCUCAAGAUUCAGAUGCAGGAUGCUGGCAGGCUAGCUGCCCAGCAGAGGGUGAUGCCUAGUGUGGUGACAGCUCUGAAGAUGGGGGGGACCAGUGCUGUUCUUAGUCGGUCCUACAGCGCCAGCCCUGCACCUCAAGUCAUCCGAGUAUCAGCCACACAGAUCACCAGAGAGCUGCUGAUGACCAAAGGAGUCACGGGAUUGUACAGGGGACUUGGGGCCACACUGAUGAGGGACAUCCCAUUCUCGGUCGUGUACUUCCCUCUUUUUGCUCACUUACACCAGCUGGGCCAGCAUUCUUCUGAAGACCCAACUGUCCCCUUCUAUUGGUCUUUCAUGUCCGGCUGCUCAGCUGGAUGUGUUGCUGCAGUGGCUGUCAGUCCUUGUGAUGUGGUCAAGACAAGGCUGCAGUCACUCAAAAAAGGAGCUAAUGAAGAAACCUACACUGGAGUUGUGGACUGUGUCAGAAAAAUCCUCAAAAAGGAGGGUCCUGGAGCGUUCCUUAAGGGAGCCAGUUGCCGGGCCCUGGUCAUUGCCCCUCUGUUUGGUAUCGCCCAGGUUGUGUACUUUGUAGGAGUUGGAGAGAUCCUGCUGGGGUACUCCCCUUACAAUAUCUACUCUGCAUAAACAAGCUGUUUCCCAGUCAUUCUAACGCCUCAUUAAAUUAUGGGCAGCUAUGCCUGGGCGUAGCCAUGGACUCAGCUCUGUAUUACUGUGUACCUUUUUUAUUGUUUUAGAUUUUCUGUGUUAUACGCUAAAGGGACCAGGGUGAUGCCAUUUUAUUGAAAAUGGGGUCUAAUUAUGCCUUUAGCAUGUCUGUCUCGUAUUUAAGAGACUGAAAUUGGAAGCAUCUAUGUGGGCUUCAGUGGAGCGUCACGUGAAUGUGAGUUAUUUUCUGACAGCUCCAACAUCCAUCACCAUGUCAUCUAAACAGACUUUAACAGGCCUAGAAUCAUUUCAUCUCAGCCUUGAUUAGUUAGUUAGUUAGUUUUCACCCCUUUACCCAAAUGCAUCCCAUAUCACUUACACUUCACUGUAACCCUGACCUGGAUAUCCCACCAGCUGUCCUGUCUUUGCAACCAGUAGAAGAUGGCUGUUAUGAUGCUGAAGAGGUGACCAGAGGGGACCACCUACCAACUACUGUAAUGUCAAACACAGAAUAUCAUAUGUUUACUUGAAUGGCUCCAGUAUUGUUGAAAGAACUGUUACUUGAAAGUGGACUGCGGACAUCAGAAUCUGUGUAUAUUAUUAUUUUUAAAGUAAAUUAAACCUUGGAAAAACUGAAUAUCACAGGUUGUUCUCUAGUUCUGGUUAGAGAAGUAUCUGAACAGCAGUUGUACCUCUCAGAUGUGUCUAUCAAUAUACUGUACCAAACAGGGAUUUUGUGUUGUGUUACUUUCUGUUACCCAAGUGGUUUCCUUUAUCAAUUCUUACCACAUACUCUCUAUGGUCAUAAGACUAUAGACUGGCACAUUGUUUGAUCCUGUGAAAAAUGACGGUUGACCUUAUGAGACUUUACAGAUGGGAUUCAUUGUACCUUUGGGACCAAGUCUUCAAAAUAAGGGGCGAUAUGACUGAUACACGGCUGCUUUCUCUUAGUCGACUGCAGUCAUCUGUAACUGAGAAGGAACUCGUGUUUGGCAUUUAGAAACAGAGGAGUAUUACUGUCAUGGUCAAAGUACAACUUUACCAGUGUAAAUAUGUGUCCUAUAUAUUUUAUAUUUUCUCAAACUGUGUAAAUUAAACCAAAAUUGAGAGCAGCUCUCACAGUUUCACAUGUUGAAAUUGUUUACUCACAGUUGAGAAUAUUUUUGUUCAGCUCAUUGUAGAAAUAGAGAUGUACAUACAGAUUUAUGACUGCUGAAUAAAUCUUUAUAAAUGCUGUGCU